AUGGCAAAGGGGGAUUCCCGCGUUGUUGGAUUUUGCAGUGGCAUGCUUGUUCAAGAUCCUUCGAAGAAUAAUGAAGUAGAUGAGAUUUUCAAUCAAGCUAGGCAACUGGGAGCCGUAGAACGGCCAAUUGAACAGCUUAAUCCAUCGUCAAGUUCAACGAGUUUUACUGGAACCGGUAGAUUACAUUCAGGGGAAACUGUAUCUUCUGUACCUCAGCUGCCUCAGACUGUUAUUCACAACAUUGUUUUAUGGGCUAAUGGCUUCACUGUAAAUGAUGUUCCUCUGAGAAGGUUGGAUGAUCCCGAAAAUGCACAUUUCUUAGAGGUAAUGCUAAUUAGGCCAUCAGAAAGUUCGGGGUGUCCUAAAGAACUUGAGGGUGCUGAUAAAAGGUCUGUUCAUGUCAAUCUGAUAAAGAGAAACGAGAAAUACCCUGAACCAAAGAAGCACCAGACAAAAUUUCAGGGUGUUGGAACAACUCUCAGUAAACAGGUAACCAGCAACAAUACUUCGGCAACUCCUGAACAAACCAGCAGUACCAGUCCUCUCAACACUGCUCCAAGUCCUUCUCCUGGCCUGGUUGUAGAAGAAAGUUUACCAUCAACCUCAAUUUGGCUUAGGUUGGCUGACGGGACUCGCAUGGUCGCUCACUUCAAUUCGCACAAUACAAUUGGAGACAUUCGUUCGUUCAUCGAUGCAUUUAGACCUGAGAGUGCAACAAUUUAUCAAUUGCAGAUGAUGGAAUUCCCUCCUAAACUUCUUGUUGAUCCAACCCAAACCGUCGAGCAGGCAGGCCUGAUCAAUUCCGUGGUAAUACAGAAAUUCUAGCUUGGGCUGCAUAGAA